AUGCUCUUGCAAAGGAUAGGCAUAGAACAUUUGCGGAUAUGGAUUCUACUGCUUCUCAUCUCACUCGUACCCGCAGCACUCAUCAGGGAUCGCAGGCGAACGUCAGGUACGGUCCGAGUUAUAACGAAGUGAAGAAUCCGAAUGUACCGGGCGAAAUGACGCAAUUUGUUGCGUAGACGGCGACCUGGCUCGCUCAUCCUUCCCGCGGCUUGUAUGAUCAGACCCAUAAUCACUCCUAAACACUUCCAAAAUGUUGUCGAUCUUUGUGCUUUCAUGAACCUUUCGAUCUCGACGUUUUCAGACGAUUUCUCCUUAUUCUCCUACGACUACGAUGACAAAGCAGAUGCACACGACGCCGAGUCCACGUUUCGGAAGUUCGAAGCAUUGUGCGCAGCUAGGUACUCUCCCCACUCCAAUUUCCUUUCUCACAAUCAAUUAUUGCAGGUCAAACCAGCCGAGCACCUCAAAGCCUUCGCUCAUCGACGCCUUAUGCACAUCAGCAUUGAAGAAAGAAUAG